AGAUUUUUAAGGAGAAUAUGUUUUAUUGGAAUAGACAACAUCAGACCAAUCUGCAUUGUGUGGGAUCGUUCGUGGAAACGCUAUAUCGAUAGCAUUCAGAUACUCAGUGGCCCUGUACGGGGCAAGCCAGAGAACGAGAAUGACGGUGGAAACAGAAUCGUGGACAUCCGACGCCAGUCACCAGAAUGGUGUCACAACUAUAUGGGCACCUUUAGGGAGAACACAUCGAGCAGCAUGAUCUGCGCUGGGGACACGAAAAGUAAACUAUGCAACGCGGACUCCAGCAGUCCUCUGGGAGCCAUGGUGGUUCACAAAAAGAUACAGAGAUAUGUCCAGAUCGGCAUCGCCACAAUGAAUCAAAGGUGCAACAUGCCCAGUAUAUACACGGAUGUGCUAAGCCACAUGGACUUUAUCCUGCGAGCAUGGCGGUAUUAUAGCAAAGGUCACAGUUCCUCAGAAUCUAGUUCAGCGAAAAAGUCACCGACUAAUCAAAAAUGAAUUCCGGUUGAAUUAAAAACUUUCAGAUAAAGGAUAACAAUUUUUGUAUAUGUAAAUUUUGCUAAUUACUGACUUAUCAGGGAUGGCAAAAUACUCUUUGAAAUGUCA